AUGGUCCUGUUGGGAGGGCUGGAGCCCAAGGUCCUCGAGGAAAGCGAAAUUACAUCUACGGGCCACCUGGCCCGACAGGACAACCCGGGUCCAAAUGGACUGGACGGCAUAAACGGGAACGUUGGAGAUAGAGGACCGAAGGGGCCACCUGGAGAGAAAGGAGCUGAUGCGAAGUUCUGUCCGUGCCCUAUGGAACUGCAAAUCAUCAGCCAACAAAAUAAGAAAUCGUUAGCACAAACUGCUAGACCUACAGUGGCAAAACCAAUCGCAAAACCUUCGCCACCGCCAAAACCACAGCCGAAGGAGAGGUCAUCGGAGGACGACGAUGUUCUCGAAAUCGCUCACCCUGUGAUAAGCGCUGCUAUCCAUCUUCAUGAGAGCCCAGCAUCAAUGGAACUGGGUCGUCCAGCAAGCCCAACAACUUCACUGAGAGCUGCUCCGCCUGCUCACGCUGAUGUCGGCCCGCCCGGUGAAAGAUCUCACGGAGUGAACGGUCGGGCACCAGGAACCAUUAUUGGAACGCGAAAGCUUCCAGAGGUCAACACCAUGAAAACACCAUCUCCAAGUAAGCCCAACAUCAACGACGACAACGCCAUCCACGACCACACCUACCAGGAAGACAACGACAUCCGAGCCAAACAACAGGAGGAGAGGGUGGAUCUUCCGUCUCAGUUCGGCUCGCGCUCUCCAUCCAACCAAGUAUCCCUGAGUGAACUUGUGAGAUUCGAUGAUGAUUAUGAGGAGACAACCACUAUGCCAACGACCACUCGACGCCGCUUCGUGUACGUCACAAAGAAACCCAGACAUUACUUCAUCUAG